UAAAAGAGGUGGGGACAGGGUGUUAUAGUCUUUUUCUAAGAAGUUUCGUGAUGACUAAUUUUCCUCCUUUAAAAGAAAGUCAUCAGACGAUGAGACGAAUAAGAAUAUUUGCCAUCUUCGCUCUCCAAAAUCAUUCACUUUCUCAAUGUAUCCUAAACAAUUUAAUUUAUACAAUUACUCCAUAGAGACCAUGAACAAGGAAGAGAAUGUGGAGAGCAAGGAGACGAUCAGGGUCGAUAAGAGAGUAAGAGAAGACGAAGAGGAAGAAGAAGAGAAGAAGAUUGAUACGUUCUUUAAGCUUAUCAAACACUAUCAAGAAGCACGAAAACGUAGACGAGAAGAGUUAGCUGAAAAUUCCGGCGGCGUGAGGAAGAAAUCUAGCGGCGGAGAAAGAUCCGGUAUAGUAGUUCCGGCGUUUCAGCCGGAGGAUUUCUCUCAGUGUCGUACGGAUUUGAAGCCGCCAUUGAUGAUUGUUUCGGAUCACAAGGAAGAAGACACAAAGGUUAAAGAAGAAGAAGAAACAGAAGACAAGGCUUUAGAUCUUAAUCUUGCAUUGUAGUAGAUUUGUAGUAAAUUGAUCUAUUUUUCAUGUUUCACUUAUUAGCACUUGUUGUGAUUAAUAAAUCUUUCAUUUAACUCA